AUGGGAAUGCUCUCCAAGAAAUACCUUCGCUACCUCUCGUACGUGGUAGGAUUGGUUCUAUUGCGGUUUGUUAUCGUCAAAUUGUAUUAUGGAGAGAAGACCCUGGAUAAAGAUCUGCUGCAAUACGAUAGAUCCGAAUGGCUUUCAGCUAAUGAUUUAGAAGAGAGGCAUCUUAAUCGCCAGGUAGUGGUAAACAUCGGUAAACUGAAGUGUUUUCACCUUGGAACGGUUUGGAAGCAUUGUUAUAUUAAGAGCGAGAUCUUGCCCUCUCCUACUCGUUUUGCAGAGAGGGUGGUUAUUGAAAAAGAUUUAAAAGGGUCUGAAGGAUUCAAUUGGGCUGGUUUUUCAGAGUAUUUGUACUAUGAUGCUUUGGCAAUGUCAUCUGUGGCUGCAAUGGAAGAAGAAGAGCUUGAUAAGGUUAAUAUGGUCACUUGGAUAACAGAUGUUGAUAUGAGUGGGACUAAGAAAUACGAACAUUUGCAUGUUUCAAUUCAACCUUUCUCCUUGUAUGAAGUCAAAAAUGGUGCUCAAGUUUUCAGCGAGUUGAACGUCCUAUUUGGUGAAGAUAGUGUAGAUCCUAGACCUGGUUGGCACUUAGAAAAAUCCUGGCCACUGAGUAAGGGAAGUACCUCAGCGUAUCUCACUUAUAAAUUCCUGGAUCUUGAAGAGACUAGAAUAAUGAAUGAAGCGCUGAGGUUGGGAGAAGAAGGAAGGUUCAAAAUCUUGCAGCUCGCAGAUCUACACUUUUCUGCUGGAAAGAGUGAAUGCAGAGAUGAGUUCCCAAAGCAUCCUACAUGCGAGGCAGAUUCGAAGACACUACGCUUCAUAGAACGUGUUUUGGAUAUUGAGUCACCAGAUCUGGUAGUUUACACUGGUGAUCAGAUUAUGGGGGAUAGAUCGAUUAGAGAUUCCGAGACCAGUUUAUUGAAGGCUGUAGCUCCUGCUAUAAGGAGAAAGAUUCCAUGGGCAAUGGUUUGGGGCAACCAUGAUGACGAGGGAAGCCUAGGUAGAUGGGCAUUGUCGAAAUACGUAGAAAGUUUGCCGUACUCUAUUUUCCAGAUAAGUCCCAAGGAUACCAAGGACAACUCUUUUGGUGUAGGCAACUACUUCCACCAAAUUAUCGACCCAACUACAGGCAAACCUGCAGCGACACUUUACUUCUUGGACUCCCAUAAGUAUUCCACGACAGGUAAGGUGUAUCCCGGGUAUGACUGGAUUAAGGAAGCUCAAUGGGACUAUCUACGUGAACUCUACGAUGAGAAGAUUAGUCCAUCUCUUGCAAAGCCCAGCCAAAAACAUUUGUCCAUGGCUUUCUUCCACAUUCCACUUCCCGAGUAUUUGGAUUUUGAUUCACAGAAGGAAGCGAAUAAUAGAAACCCACUGGUGGGUAACUCUAAGGAAGCAGUGAUGGCUCCAAAAUAUAAUUCAAAUGGGAAGAAAACCCUUGAUCAUCUAGGUGUCAGUGUUACAAGUUGUGGUCACGACCACUGUAACGAUUACUGUCUGUUAGAUGACUCUACUUCUAAAAAGACAUGGCUAUGCUAUGGCGGUGGUACCGGCGAAGGAGGCUAUGGUGGAUAUGGAGGUACUGAACGCCGUGUUCGUAUAUACUUGCUUGACGGUAAAAAUGGAGACAUCCAUACGUGGAAGAGACUGAACGGAAAUCCCAACGGAUAUUUUGACUACCAGCUUAUGGUGAGCGGUGGUGCCCCCAACGCUGGAUGA